AUGAUCCGGACCCUUGCUGUCACCCUACGAUCACUCUUCCCAGCUGUUGCUGCUCCUAUGCGGCUCCAUUCGAGCCACUUGACAUUUUCCCUCCACCUUGCGGAAGUAGCAGCAGCUUUGGCCGCGUCCUCCGCCACCCAGCGGUCAUCUCGCUCCAGGGUCGCUGCCUGCCUGAAGGAGAGAGGCAUCCCCAGCGUCGUCCUCGAGCGCGCCGGCUGCAUCGCCUCGCUGUGGCAGCUCAAGACCUACGACCGCCUGCGCCUCCACCUGCCGAAGCAGUUCUGCGAGCUGCCGCAGAUGCCCUUCCCGGCCGGCUUCCCCAAGUACCCCGACAGGAGGCAGUUCGUCAGCUACCUCGAGGCCUACGCCGGCGCCUUCGACGUGCGCCCGCGCUUCCACCAGACGGUCGUCGAGGCCCGGUACGACACCGCGGUGGGGCUGUGGCGGGUGCGCACGUCGGAGGGGGGCAGAGAGUACUUCUCGUGGUGGCUGGUGGUGGCCACCGGGGAGAACGCCGAGGCCGUGGUGCCCGACUUAGAGGGCGCCGCGGGCUUCCGCGGUACAGUGGCUCACACCAGCUCGUACAAGAGCGGCGACUCGUACAGGGGACAACGAGUGCUCGUCGUCGGCUGCGGAAACUCCGGCAUGGAAGUCUGUUUGGAUCUCUGCGACAACAAUGCGCUUCCCACCAUCGUCGUCCGAGACUCGGACAAGGUUAGGAAGAAAAUUCAUGAAGUAAGCUUACACACUGAAAACAUGGAAGAUUCUAUUUGUUCAGUGAGGUCAAUGGCAGAGUGUGGCACUCCAAUUGCUGAUGGGAUGAUUGAGGACAUUAAUAGAUCACUACAAUUGAUGUCGGCAUCCAAACUUAACAGAGGUUUACUAGCACUUAGUUCCAAUGCGGUGCAUAAACUCUGGCGGUGGUCGUGA